AUGGCAUCACACAAAUCGGGGUUUGACCCACCUACUCGGCCAGGAGACACAAGCAGAGGUAGAAUGAUUGGAGCAUACCCAUCAUUGGGAUCGAGCCGAAACAAGUCGCGGAACAGAGAGGCAGAUAUCGCACACUUAUCAGGACAAGUGGAGUCAAGGGAAGGACAAAUCACGGUUGGAAGGCCGCAGCAGCCUGAACUAAUACGGCCAGGUAUGCGGGGCCCUUCGCCCAGCAUAAGGCAAGCCCAAGAGUCGAAGAUUCCUAGUUCCGAUACGAAGAGCGCUGCAGCUGGCCCAGUUCCCGAACUGAGAGGCAAAUCAUCGCGUAACGUCUUAAGGAGGAAACCAUCAUCGGUUUCUCAACACUCUGGAGGAUUUCGCUCCACCGUGGAAAGAUCAGGUUCUUCAUCUCCGACGAAGUGGUCUCCCACAUCCGCAGAACAGCGUCCAAGCAUUGAAGCUUCGUUGAAGUCAGCGGAAGCAUACAGUGAAAUCUUCACCAGCACCAGCGCCAAAUCUCCAGCCGUUAGGGACCCGCCACGAGUAAUUCCAGAGCUGGAUCGGUACCGAACUAGACUGGAACAGAACGCUGGGCAGGGCAAGAGAUUCCCUACUGGGGUUCCCAAAUUGGCAACUCAGGAUCUUCCACCACCAACCCCUCUGUCAUCAGGGACUCCGGGAAUUUCGGGGACUUCAGGGGGGCCGGGAACUUCAUGGAUACCUACAUAUCCUGCUACGAAUAACAGCCCUAAUCGCUAUAGCGGGUACAGUGGGAGUGGGUAUAGCGCUAGCCCUUCCACGAGAUUUUCCGAGUCGCCUGGGCCCGGCGCUUACAGCAGAGACACAACCCCUACGUCCGUUUCAUCCCAAUCCCCUGGUAUAAUCGCACCCUCUAAGAAUGUUACACCGAGGUUACUACAAGGCAGUCCUGCUUUCGUUCGACCUCCGGUGACGAGGAGGCGAGCCCCGAGCACACCAAAUGAUAAUGAAGAUUCUAUUCUUGAUGCUCAUGGCUUGCCAUCAUUGCAGGAAUCUCUCACUUCAUCCUCGUCAAACUCGACGGUGAAGGGGGAUGGAAAGUCGAAGACACCCGAGAUGACAAUGGAAAAGAAGCAGAAGAAGAAGAAAGGGCUUUCGCCUUUGCCUCCAAGCCCACCACCAAGAAUAUCAUCCAAGAAGUCCAAGGAAUCGCCACCGAGCAAAACUUCGCCUUCCAAGUCCUCGAAAACUCCUGCGAAAUCUAUUACGUCUCCCGCCGAAGCUUCAUCGCCGAAACCACGCAAUAUGUCCUCGCAUCGGCGCAAUACAAGCAGCACAAGCAGUACCGGCAGUAUUAGCUAUGUUCCGAUACGACCAAGUAGGGAAGGGACACCAAACAUCCAAUCCCAACUAGGGGGGUCGAUUCCGGUUAUACAGAGCAAUCUCACUGGUCUCAGCAAUACGCAAGAUAAACAAGGUAGACGCCAAAGCAUUGCUUCUCUUAACAGAUUGGCGUCUCCUCCUCACAACCAACCUCCAUCUCGGGUUCAAGGGGGGUCAAGGCUCCCCUCCCGGAACCCAUCUCCAGCUCCUCUACAACAUGCAGCACAGGGAGAUACUACUGUUCCAUCUGGUCUUGGCAUAGUACCCGACUUGCGGCCAGCCCAGCUACAUCCAUCGGCCACAUACCCAGCUACUCGCACACCCAGUCCUAGUAUUGCCAAUUCAAAAUCCAAGUUUGGUCUCUUCUCAAGGCGAACCAAGACCGCGCCUGCUGAAAUUCCGACCAUCAGCAGUAAAGACAGAGUUCACAGGAAAGGCCCAGCAGCCGGUACUGGACAUGAGGGAUAUGGCAAGUAUGGUAAUCGAGGAAGAAGUGGUAGUGCUAGCGGGCUGAGCAUUGAUCGGAACCGAAGUACGAGUGUAGCAAGCUCAUCGCAGGAGAGUGUUGCUAGUACUCGUACUCAUGAUCAGUUCUUUCUCGAACGGAUGAGCCCUGUCAUUAUCGCAGGUGGAGGAGAAGUUCUCGAAAACAAAAAUGCAAGCUCGGAGCUUACUCGAACCGAGAGCAAUACGAGCCUUCUGUUGGGUAGACCGAGCAUGGAGUCAAAGGGCUCGUCUAACUUGAGCCAUGAGGUAUCCCGCAUCACGCUCUGGCCGUCGCCGCUUCCGAAGGAACCUAACAAAAGAGCAUCAGCGAUUCCUUCCAAAAGUCGACGUCCUUCCGACAGCAGCGAUGAUGGGAUUCGAAAUCAGUCGUUGGUAUAUCGUCGAUCAACACAGCGACUCAAUGAUUCGAAUAGUGCAUUGCAUCUGCCAAGGCCUGUCAACAUAUCAAACGUGGGUGCGUCGCCAUCUCUGAGAAGCUUGGAGUCGAGUAUUAUGUCGGAUGAGUCGCAAUUCGAAAUGAAAAUCGAUGGCGACACUGGACGCAAACGUUCGACAUCCAAGUUGAGGAAACAGGAGAAACGCCCCAAGUCUCCUCGAAAAUGGAACCUCUUCCGUCGACCUCAACCGAAAAAAGAACCAGAAAGCAAGCAGGCUUUGCCCGUUACUAUCGGAAGAGCUCCUGUCAAAACAGUCCCGCACUAUGCGAUGAUGGACUCUUCAGAUGAGCAACAGGAUGCCGAUGUUGUGGACUUUGAGGAUAUUCUUCGCGAUGCUGACGUCGUCGGGUUGACGGAUGAAGAAUUGGACGCGCUGCAAUUUAGCAACUACAAAGAGAAUCUGCGACGUAUAGAGGAGUUGAAGGUGAAGAUGGACGCUCAAGAGUUCUUAUCCCUACCGGACCGCUCUCCUAUGAUCUUCUCCUCUCCCGAGCCUCCGCAGUCGACCCCUGAGCUACUCCAGACACAGCUGCAUACCAACGAGGAAGCUGCCCCACCAACGACCCCAGUGCUUGAGACAGAGUUACAAAUCAACAAAGAGACGGCACCAGCCCGCCCCAGCAGAUUGCCACAAGUUGGUCGGAUUCCGAAAGUCGUAUCCGCAAGACCAGAAACUACAUCCCCAAAGUCCUUUUCAAGACCUUUCGCUCGUCUCAGUACAUUGCAGCCAGUUUCGGAGCCUAUAACAGUGGAUAAAGAUUCAGUUGCUCUAGGCGCAAGUCCUCCAAAGCCUUCGACCCCCGAGCCUGGUAUUUCGAAAGUCCAGCCUGAGCAAGACCUCAAGGGUCUUGGUAUACAACAGGGUUAUGCGGACCCCGCGUUGGGAGACACUGGACAUGGAGACUUCCUUGCUUUCUCGCCUCGCAAGACUUCAGAGGCUACAACAAGUAGCUCGGGUACAAUAGGUUUUGCUGGUACGACAGCAGUCAUUCCUAAACCGGAUGCUGCGCUCGAAGAAGAUGAGGUAUGGGAUGAAUAUGACGAUUUGAUCGGGAAUACCGAUGGCGUCAAAAUACGUGUGUCUUCCGGGUCAUUGCAUAGGCCCUUUGAGUACGAGAAGUAUGAGAGCCGGAUGAUGAAACAUAGCAAUAUGGAGCCCAAGGAGUCGCCAACCUUACAGCAAAGUUCAACUGUCAAAGGGCCGUCUACCGAAGAAAAUGAUUCUAGGAUGCCGACUGAAGACGCUAUCCGAAGCUCACAGUUCACAUCUUCUAGUGUAUAUAGCACCGAUAUGCCAACGAGGGUUAAAGAGACUCUUGCGACCGUCCCGAGUCCAACAACACCCAUGUCGUUUACCGAUUUCUUCUCUGCAUACGGCGACCGCAAUAACUCAGUUCAUGGCGAUGUAGCCAAGAAAGCUCGACCGUCUUCUCAGAGCAGUCUAAGACAAUCGAGUGGUAGCGGAAAUACGGGAUCUGGUGCUAUCUUGGUGGCGGCCACUGAGCGAAACGGCUCUCCACUCUCACAAGUCAACCUCCGUGUAGGGUCAAUGACAGUUAGUAAGUGGCUUACGUUUGGACAUGUGCUCUUCAGUCCCGCGCGAGAGGAAAUCACAGACUUAGAAGGAUCUUCAAAGUCUCACUCCAUCCUUGUUAUCGAUGGUCUGGGCAAUGACGACUGGUCCUUCUAUGCCGCGGAAACAUACCCGGCAGCAACCUUCUACAACCUUUCGCCCACCCGCCCUCUGUCCGCCUCCCAGCGUCUCUCAACCAGCACAUCCUUCCCCCUGACACCGCCCAACCACCGACAAAUCCAGUAUCUGUCACCCACGCACAAGUUCCCCUUCCCCUCCUCCUUCUUCCAUGUUGUCGUCUUCCGCUUCCCUUCCGCGAUGUCCGAGGCCGCAUAUCGGAACAUCAUCUCGGAAUCCAAGCGUGUUCUCAAACCCUCGGGCUAUCUCGAAAUGGCAAUCCUGGAUCUCGAUAUGAUGAACAUGGGGAACCGGGCUCGCAGAGCAGUGCGGGGAUUGAAAGUGCGCAUCCAGGGCGCAGACCCGCGCAUCAGCUUAGGUAGCGCCAGCGACACGGUAUUGCGAAUGGUAGGCAAGCGCGGUUUUACCGACGUCAAGAGCUGCAAAGUCGGCGUCCCCGUCGCAUCCACGAUCCCCUCGUCCGCCUCCUCCCAACUAACCGCCAACUCGAAAACAUCCCGCGAUCCCGGCAGCGAAGAGAUGUCCCUCGCCGACAUGAUGAAAGACGAAUCACACGCCGCCGACGAAGGCAUCACCAAGAUGGUCGCCAAGGUCGGCCGCUGGUGGUACACGCGCUGCUAUGAGACGGCCGCGCUCGCGGAGCGUGACCUACCAAGCUCCAUUUUUGCGGACGAGGCCCUGCUGCAAGAAUGCGAGAAAUGGAGCGCGAGCUUCAAGCUCGCAGUGGCGUACGCGCAGAAACCGGUCCAGGUCCGUAGGAGGACUGCGAGUGUUUGA